AACGGUUCAAGAUCCGAACCUUCGCAGUGUCCUCCCCAACCACGAACCAUCCCUCCGAGGAGCGUACAAAACUGUACCCUUGUCGCCACCAUCGACUCCCAGUUGCAGAGUGAGAUCGCCGCCACCGUCGCCGCUCUCUCUUCUCUGAACCCGUUCUCCAAAGAUCCGCUGCAGCAUUUUCCUCGGCUUUCCCUUCCGGCGGGGCGGGACGCUUGAAGAAAUGGGGAGGAUGGAUUAUCUCGCGAUGAAGACCGAUCCGGCCAUGGACGACCAGAUCAGCACUGACAUCAAUGAGCUCAAGGUUGCUGCCAAGAAGCUCUUCGGUCACGCUGCCCGGCUUGGCGGCAUCCGCUUCGGCACCACUUUCCUCAAGUGGACCGCCUCUGCUGCCGCCAUAUACCUGUUGGUGUUGGAUCGCACGAACUGGAGGACCAACAUGCUGACCUCGCUCCUGGUCCCUUACGUAUUCUUCAGCCUGCCUCCGUCCUUGUUUCACAUGCUGAGGGAAGAUUUUGGAAAAUGGGUUGCUUUUGUUACAGUGGUGCUGAAGCUCUUCUUCCCCCGCCAUUUCCCAGAAUGGUUGGAGAUGCCGGGCUCAUUGAUCCUGCUCGUAGCGGUGGCGCCCCACUUCUUCGCACACUCCCUAAGGGACCGCUGGUUUGGGGUCCUGAUAUGCCUCCUCAUCGGGUGCUACCUGCUGCAAGAGCACAUCCGCGCGUCGGGCGGGUUCAGGAAUGCCCUCACGCAGUCGCACGGGAUAUCCAACACACUCGGGAUCGUGAUCCUGAUCAUAUUCCCGGUCUGGGCGCUCCUGAUCCAUUUCUUCUAGGGAUCAUCCAUCCUAUUAAUGCCUCUCUACUGUCCUGAUUUGUACUUUGGCUUCGAUCCAAGUGUAUGUCAAUGCUUGAACUGAGGGAUCCUGGUUCCUAGAGGUGAGAUGCAUUCUAGGGCAGGUUCUCAGUUAACUUGCGAUGAUGCUUUGUUGUGUUUGGUUGUACUAAUGAACUGUAACACCGAGCAGUAUUAAAAAUGGCACCAUCUUCCUAUCCA